AUGUCCAAGAAUAAUGAUUUUUUGAAAUCAUCUAGAUUAAAAGAAGAAGUAUUCAACAUAAUGUGUCCCGACGAUAUAAGUUUAACGGCUAAAAAUUACCCAUUAGUAUGUUUAUAUGCGGAAGCCUUGUUGAAUAAGCAUAAGAGGAAACAAAUUGCGAAUGUGCUCUCAAAUAAAAUGAGGGAGAUGGGCAGAUUGAUGAAGGCCCUGAAAACAAUAGACGGUGGAAUCACGGGAUUAUUUGAUGCACUGAAACCUGAGAAUUUUCAAUCAUUCAUAUCAACCACAAAGAUCAUUAGUGGUUCUAAGGCCAAUGACAAGAGUUUUGAUGCACCAUUACUUGCUCCGCAUAUGGAAACUGACUUAAAAUUUGUAUGCAAUAGCGCACUGAAAAAUGUUCUCGAAAAUAGGCAACUUCCUCAUAUCCAAUGGACGGAUAGACAAAAAACAAAAAAUGACAUCAAAGACUUGAAAAAACUAAUUAAAGGGCACUGGUGCACUGAAAUAUCAAGUUUGGCGCUGAAAGCCCUGAAAGAAAAACACUGGGAGAAGCCCGUUCAAUUACCUUCGAAUAGCGACAUACAGAUAUUCAAAACAUACGUCAACAAUCUUGCAGAAAAUGCAUAUCAUGAGCUUAGAAAUAAUCUCAAUCUAAUAAAGAAUUAUAAAAUUCUUACUGAGUGUGUUUUGGCAGAAACUCUGAUGUUCAAUCGCAAACGAGUUGGUGAAAUUCAGUAUCUAUUGAUCGAUAAUUAUAAUAGGACCACGGAAAAUGUUAAUCAGGAAUCCUUCAUGGAUUCCCUUACCAAGGUGGAACAGUUAAUUAGCAAGAGAUUCAAAAGAGUGGUCGCUGGUGGAAAAGGAUUUAAACCAGUUCCCAUUCUAUUCUCCAAAAGAGUUCAGCAAUAUGUUGAUUGCAUCUUGAGAGUAAGGAGUGAGUUUGAAAUUGUGCCGAAGUCGAAUCCUUAUCUUUUCGCCAACCCUGAUUCUGAAGACCGAUGGAUGUCGGGGGCCAGCGUUAUAAGAAAGUUUGCACAGAGAUGUAGUGCCAAGGAGCCAUCUCUCCUAACAUCAACAAUAUUCUGGAAGCACAUUGCAACCACCCUCCAAUUGAUGAGUAUGGAAAAUUACGAAAUGGAGCAAAUUGCGACAUUCAUGGGUCAUACGAAAAAGACCCAUAUGGAAUUUUAUAGACGGCAAAAGAGUUUACUCCUAUUGGAGAAAGGAAAAAAAAAGGAAUUCAAAGGGAAAAGUUUGGGAGACAUAGAACUAGAUGCAGACGUAUACUACACUACAGGAUCAGAAAAUGAGAACGAAGGCAGUGAUGAUGGGCAGCAUCUUUCUGAAAGAAUAUUGAAAAAAGUUGGAAAGAGACCGAGACACACUGGUGGAACUACUGACGAAGUUCAGUCAAAAUCAGGACCAAACUUCGAUAGUACUGCAGACGAACAGGAUCAACCACCGUACAAGGAAAACUUGAAAAAACAAGAACAAGUUUACACCAGUCACAUUCACAGAAGAUUAUCGAAUGUAGUUCAGACGAGGAGGGAUAUUCAGCCGCCCAAGAUAAAUGUACUGGAAAAAUUAAUCCCGAGAAUCAGUGAGGCUAACAAUCAAGUAAGUAGUAGUACUCUAGACGCAUUAGUUGGAAAAUUGGCCCCGAAAAUCGGUGAUAUGAUCAAGAAUGAAAUGGAUAAGUUGAUCGAGAAAUUUGAUCAUAAAUUGAAUAAUGUUGUUACAAAGUUGACAUCCAUGGAGAAAAGCAUACAUGACAAUAGUGAGGAAAUUACAGUUAUCAAUGAAAAAUUGGAUUCUCUGGAACAAAAUGCUAAAAUGAAGAAAUUAAGAAUUAUUGGUGCAGCUGAAGAACAGAAUGAAAAUCUACUAGGAAAGAUGUUGAAAUUGAUUACCGAAGAUUUGGGAAUAAAAUGUACUCCGGAAGAAAUUAGUGAUGUAUACCGUGUGGGAGAGGCCAAAAAUUCGAACUCUAAACCCAGAGCAACUAUUAUAGAAUUUGUCACGAUGUUGAGGCGAAACGAGGUUUUCAAGGCAAAGGGUCUUCUUAAAGGAAAGCACAUAUUCAUAAAUGAGGACCUGACUCAUAAACGUUACAACCUUCAAAUCAACGCAAGAAAGAAAUUUGGUAGAGAUGUUUGGACAAGGAGUGGAAGAAUUUAUGCCAAAUGUGGCAGCGCUGUAAAAACAAUCAACAACGAGGCUGAUCUGAAGGACUGA